UGGGGGUGGGGGAGGGGGGUGGCCAGAGUGCUCUAUCCGUGCAGAGAUCAGUCGGCAUGUGGCAGCUGUUGGGCCUUUGGAACGGUUGAAGCAUUCAAAGCCCGUCUCUGUAUCAAGUCGGGCGGGAAGUUGAAGCAAUCGCUCUCUGAUAGCGAGAUGCUGUCCUGCUGCAACUUGUGGCAUGGAUGCUUGUUAUUUGACUGUAAUGGGGGCAAUCCUGUGAUGUCAUGGCCGUUCCUGAAUGGAAUCGUCACAG